AAACGAAUCACAAAUUACCCGAAACAAUAAUAGAAGUCAACCAAAAUAAUUGAAAUUGUUCCAAAAUGACAAAUUUGUCAGAAACUAUGAAGAAAUUCUCCCAAAUUACUCAGUUUGAUGGUGGAACAUCUACAGCUGAUGGUGGAACAUUUAAAAAAAUGACAGUGGAACAUCUACAGCUGAUGGUGGAACAUCUACAACUGAUGGUGGAACAUCUACAGCUGAUGGUGGAACAUCUACAGCUGAUGGUGGAACAUCUACAGCUGAUGGUGGAACAUCUACAGCUGAUGGUGGAACAUCUACAACUGAUGGUGGAACAUCUACAGCUGAUGGUGGAACAUCUACAGCUGAUGGUGGAACAUCUACAGCUGAUGGUGGAACAUCUACAGCUGAUGGGGGAACAUCUACAGCUGAUGGUGGAACAUCUACAGCUGAUGGUGGAACAUCUACAGCUGAUGGUGGAACAUCUACAGCUGAUGGUGGAACAUCUACAACUGAUGGUGUAACAUCUACAGCUGAUGGUGGAACAUCUACAGCUGAUGGUGGAACAUCUACAGCUGAUGGUGGAACAUCUACAGGUAAUGGAGGAACAUCUACAGCUGAUGGAGGAACAUCUACAGCUGAUGGUGGAACAUCUACAGGUGAAGGAGGAACAUCUACAGCUGACGGAGGAACAUCUACAGCUGACGGAGGAACAUCUACAGCUGAUGGUGGAACAUCUACAGCUGAUGGUGGAACAUCUACAGCUGAUGGUGGAACAUCUACAGGUGAAGGAGGAACAUCUACAGCUGAUGGUGGAACAUCUACAGGUGAAGGAGGAACAUCUACAGCUGAUGGUGGAACAUCUACAGGUGAUGGUGGAACAUCUACAGCUGAUGGUGGAACAUCUACAGCUGAUGGUGGAACAUCUACAGGUGAUGGAGGAACAUCUACAGCUGAUGGUGGAACAUCUACAGCUGAUGGUGGAACAUCUACAGCUGAUGGUGGAACAUCUACAGCUGAUGGUGGAACAUCUACAGGUGAUGGAGGAACAUCUACAGCUGAUGGUGGAACAUCUACAGCUGAUGGUGGAACAUCUACAGCUGAUGGAGGAACAUCUACAGCUGACGGUGGAACAUCUACAGCUGACGGUGGAACAUCUACAGCUGACGGUGGAACAUCUACAGCUGACGGUGGAACAUCUACAGCUGACGGAGGAACAUCUACAGGUGAUGGAGGAACAUCUACAGCUGAUGGUGGAACAUCUACAGGUGAUGGAGGAACAUCUACAGCUGAUGGUGGAACAUCUACAGCUGAUGGUGGAAUGAUGGUUAUCUGAUAAACUUGGUAUUUAUCCAGUAACAUGUUGAUUCCAGAAUUGUUGAAAAAUAAACAAUGAAAUAAAUUCAACUUUAAGUUUCACAAAAAGAAAUGAUAAAAAGUUCCAAAACAACCAGAAAACCAGAGACACAAACCAGCCACUGGUACACUACAUGUAAAACCAGUUUGUACACUUCAAACUAUAUGACGUAAAAACAUGCAGGACUGGUAGUACAUGAUGCAGUAUUUCUACAAGACAUGCAGUAUACCCUUCAAAGGUCUACAUAAUGACAGUACACGUACCUCAGACCACCACUUUGAUCAGCAGUUACAGAACACUCUGAGUUUAAAGGAACAAACCAGCUACACUGCAGCCAAACAAACAAGCUGCUAGCAGCUUUUAGCAUGCGGCUAACUGUAAACAAGAUCUCUAUCUGGGUUUAAAGUCGCCAUGUUAGCUCGAUGCUCCCUGACAGCCACCGGCAGAGUCUCCAUCUAACCAGCACUCUCUGUAAACAGCUGUCAGCAGCUCUUUUCUCUGUCUUUAAUAGAAAUGACAACAAACACAGCAGCUAACUGAGCUAACUAGCUGCUGGAGUUUGGGGCUGUUAGCCGACUGCUAGCUGCGCAGCCUCCUCCCAUUCCUCUCCGAUUCUCUGUUCUCCAGGUAACAGCGGCGUUCGCACCGUGAGUCCCGGGG